AGCAUGUGCGGCGCGGCCUACCGAAGAAGUGGCUCCGCACAUCGCAGUCGCAUACUCCCAUAUCUAUCCCCCCUCCCUCCUCCGGUUCCGGCCAGUAUAGCGAGACCGCGUAUAUAACAAGCCAAGAUUAUUAGGCGGCCCUCAAACCAAGAAACGCGUGGGGGGUUUAGCUCCUGAUCGAAAGCCGGUGAGCAAGCGACGGAGGGAGGGAGGGCGAGGGAGAAGGGGAGGAGCCGAGGGGGUGGUGAGUCUAGAGGCUCGUAGGCAGCCAGCCGCGUCGCCGUAGAAGCUUGCUAUACGGCCAGCCAUGGCGGCGAAAGCCAGGUUCUUGCUCGCCGCCGCGACGUGGGUGUGCCUAUCGGCAAUGGCCGCCUCCGCCUUUGACGUGCCGAGCGUCGCCUUCGAGGAACGGUUCUCGCCGCUGUUCGGCGACGACAACCUCGUCCGCUCUCGGGAUGGCAGGAGCGUCCGCCUGCUGCUUGACCGGCGCUCCGGUUCUGGGUUCAUUUCCUCGGACUACUACCUCCACGGCUUCUUCAGCGCGUCUAUCAAGCUGCCCAAGGACUACACGGCCGGCGUCGUCGUCGCCUUCUACCUGUCUAAUGGGGAUGUGUACGAGAAGACGCACGACGAGCUGGACUUCGAGUUCCUGGGCAGCCGGUGGGGCGGGCAGUGGCGGGUGCAGACCAAUGUCUACGGCAACGGCAGCACCGCCCACGGCCGCGAGGAGCGCUACCUCCUCCCCUUCGACCCCACCCUCGAGGCCCACCGCUACUCCGUCCUCUGGGCUCCCACUCAUAUCAUCUUCUACGUCGACGACACGCCGAUCCGGGAGGUGAUCCGGCACCCGGACAUGGGCAGCGACUUCCCGUCGAAGCCGAUGGCGGUGUACGCCACCGUCUGGGACGGCUCCGCGUGGGCCACGGAAGGGGGAAAGUACAAGGUCAACUACAAGUACGCGCCGUUCGCGUCCGAGUUCUCCGACCUGACCAUCGUCGGCUCCCGCGCCGACCCGGUGCUCCGCGUCCCGAGGCGCGGCGGCGCCGAUAAGGACCUCCUGGGGCUCAUGACGGCCGACUACGCGGUCAUGACGCCGCAGAAGCGCGCCGCGAUGCGCGCGUUCAGGGCGCGGCAGAUGACGUACACCGUGUGUUACGACGCGGUGCGGUACGCGGCCGGGCCGUUCCCCGAGUGCGAUAACUCGGACGAGGAGAGGGAGGCCUUCUGGGCCUGGGGCGAGUCCAAGACCGUGGUCAUGAGGCCGCGCGCCCGCCGCCGGGGACGCCGCCCCGGCGCCGGUGCGGGAGCCGGGGGACGCGCCGACGUGGCAAGCAGCUGAGGUCCAGGGAAAGUAAGAUCGGUAGCGAAAGCUAUUGGCACAAUGGUUACAGAUGAUUAAUUAAUCCGGUAUUGUAAUUUGAUUGAUAUCUUUUCCCCAUGCAUAUACAGGGUGUAAAGCUAGGUGUAGGGAGCAGUAGGGAUUAAUGCGCUAUGAUUCUUUGAUUCCUUAGGUGGCAGCUAAAAAUAUGAUCGAAUUAUUAACAUUAUGAACUUGGAUUUUCUCCUCA